AUGCCGGUCAAAUCACGAUGGGCCGCCGAUAUUCCUCGGUGCUCCCUGCAACAAUGGAUCUUUGACUCGCCUUGCGGUCCUCUUCCAGACCGUCGUGCAUAUAUCGAUCCUGAGCAACCUGAUACGAACUACCUCGACCUCAGCGGCUACCGACUCUUGGCCAAGCGCGUCGCCUUGGGCUUACAACAAGCUGGUCUGAAAGAGGGCGACAGAGUGCUCCUCUUCUCUGGCAACAACAUCUUCUUCCCUUCUAUCUUCCUUGGCAUCUUGAUGGCCGGAGGCAUCUUCACAGGUGCCAAUCCCAGUUUUGUGACCCGAGAGCUGGCAUAUCAGCUUCGCGACAGUGAAGCCGUCUUCCUCGUCGCGGCACAGGGCUCUCUUAAGACAGCUUUUCAGGCAGCUAAAGAGGCUGGCCUGCCGAGGGAUCACAUUUUCGUUCUCGGCGGAGAUACCCCUGCAGCACAGGAAGUAGCGCUAUCUUCCAAUCCUGGACCAGGGCUGAAGGGCCGGGUUGCGGGAGCUAAGCACUGGACGGAACUCCUUCAGGGAAAUGCCAAAGAAGCCGAGAGCUGGAGCUGGAAAGAGCCAAAGGAUCCGCAGACCACGACAUGCUGUCUCAACUACAGCAGCGGGACCACUGGAGUUCCCAAGGGCGUUGAGAUCAGUCAUUAUUGCUAUGUCGCAAACGGAGUUCAGGUUAUUCACCUCAACAACCUCAACCCCGACUGGGAGGAAAGGCAAAAGCGAGCCCGUGCCCUCUGCUUCCUGCCGCUUUACCAUGCCUAUGGCCAGACAUACUUUGUCGCGAACAUGCCGCGGGCCGGCAUCCCCAUCUACAUCAUGCCGAGCUUCGAUUUCGUUAAGAUGCUCGAGUAUGUUCAGCGCUAUCGGAUUACCUCACUAACCUGCGUGCCACCAAUUGUGGUCGCGUUGGCCAAGUCUCCUCUUACCAAAAAAUAUGAUCUUUCAAGUGUCGAGGGAUUGGGUUCCGGAGCCGCUCCGUUGGCAAAAGAGGUCUCCGACGAAGCGGAGAAGCUGUUCAAUGGGAAAUUUCGUCUUCGCCAGGGCUGGGGCAUGACGGAAACGACAUGUACUUGCAUGUCAUGGGAUCCUCUCAACAAGGAGCCCAGCUCAGGCGUGGGCGAGAUGAUGCCCAACUGCUCUGGAAAGCUGAUGUCACUAGACGGAAAAGUCGAGAUCACCAAGGCAGGGGAAAGAGGCGAGUUCUGGGUUGCAGGCCCUAAUUUGAUGCGCGGUUAUUGGCGAAAGCCUGAAGCGACAGCGGAAACCGUUGUCGUCGACGCAGAUGGCACUCGCUGGCUCAAGACGGGCGAUAUUGCCUACUUCGAUGCGUACAAGCCUGGAGGAAUCAUUCACAUCGUCGACAGGUUGAAGGAGUUGAUCAAGGUGAAGGGUAACCAGGUGGCGCCUGCUGAACUUGAAGGGCUGUUGCUCGAGCAUCCUGAAGUAGCCGAUGCAGCGGUGAUCGGUGUGACAAUCAACGGCGAGGAAGUUCCUCGAGCCUACAUCGUUCGCCAGAAUCCCAAGUCAAAGAUCACUGGACAGGAGAUUGCCAACUGGAUGGCCGGCAAGGUGACUCGGUACAAACAGCUAAAGGGCGGCGUCGUUUUUACGGACAAUAUUCCGAAGAAUCCGGUAAGUUCUGAUUAUAUCUUUUUUUUGAUGUUGCACGUACCUAGGCGCUAA